AGAUAGUCCGUCCUUUUACUAUUGGCCAAAGCAAACAACGCGUUGAAGUGUACUGUCAACUAAUAUUGACUCCGAACAGGAUGUCCGCCUUGCUCAAGCACCCUCUAGUGGUUCAAGAGAUCUCGGUCCUCGGAGGGCUUGGGUAUUGCGGUGUUCUGCUUCUGCUGACUGUUGCUUGUAUCUGUUGGACUUGCCGCAACAAAGGUUUCUGGACAUCACGCUCCGCCAAUGCGAAAUGGAUUGCUGGUCCAAAAGGGAAGCCUUUUACAGGAAACCUUCACGAGCUCAAAACAAAUGGCGCGGCUAGCUGCGAGGCCUGGUACUCCUUGUACAAGCGGUACGGAGCUGCAUACGAAAUGACAGUUCCUUUCUUUCGCAUGCAUAUUAUCAAUCACCCUACUUAUCUCGAGCACAUCCAAAAACAUAACAGCAAGAACUACAUCCGUGGCGCAUUCACUCGGCACAUUUUUGGACCGCUCCAUAGAAGCGGCAUUUUCGUCGCCGACGGCCUGGAAUGGCAAACACAACGCAAAGCAGCCUCCCGGGCAUUCAGCAAGCGUAACUUUGAAACGCAUAUCACGCAUUCUAUCCAUUAUUGGCUCGAUAUUCUUUUGCGUCUUCUCUCCAACUUGGCUAAGGAGCAGAAAGAGUUUGACUUCCAGGAAUUGAUGGGACGUCUUAUGUUCUGCCUCUUCCUUCGAGUUGCUUUUCAUGAGGAUAAGCUCGCUUUGGAGAUUCUGUCUGAUGAUCCCAAGAGCUUGGAGUCGAAACCUGAAUUUGUCGAGGCAUUUGAUCAAGCUACUCAUUUAUUUGACCGCAGGAGACGCGAUCCUCUCUGGAGGAUCACCGAGAAGCUCUCUGGCGAAGAUGCAGUUACGAAGAGAGCCGUGGAUCUCUUCUAUGCAAAGAUUGAUUUUCUUAUCGAGAAGCGUCUCGAUAAGAUGAAGAAUGGUUAUAAUCCUAAUCCCGACGCUGGAGUUGACCUUCUCGACUUGUUCAUGCAGUCGACAAGCGACAAAUACACCCUGGGUGGAAUGGUGUACUCCUUUCUAUCGGCUGGUCGUGACACAACGACAUAUAACACCUCAUGGUUCAUGAAGGAGAUUCACCAUAGAGCCAACCAACAUCUAGAAGCUUUGGACAAGAUUCUAGCUGAGACCGAGGAGCUGGGCUUCACCACUGGCUACCUGAACUACACAGAUGCCCCGAGGCUGCGGUUUACGAACGCUAUGUGGGACGAGUGCACUCGGCUCAACACUGUGUCUCCAGCUGGUCAGUUGGAGGCCGCUGAGGAUGAUAUUCUCCCGGCGGUGCCUGAGCUGAAUAUGCCUCCUCGCCGCGUUAAGAAAGGCGAUCUCGUCAGCUAUCAAAACUAUGUUAUGGCCCGCAUGCCGGAAAUCUGGGGAGAGGACGCUUCCAUCUUCAACCCCUACCGAUGGUUCAAGGAGAACGGGGAGAGCAUCUCCUACAGUCCUUUCAAAUAUCACGCUUGGAACGCUGGCCCGCGCAGUUGUCUUGGACGUCCACUCGCCACGUACGAGGGCAUCACCAUUACGGUUGCGAUCCUCCAGCACUUCGAUAUCAUUCUUUCAGACGAUAGCAGGCUAUAUAAGCCCCUUGCAGCUAUGAACAUGGGUAUUCAAGGAGGUCUUCCCAUGCGAGUGAGGGAAAGGAAGCACUCAUAAAAGCUUGAAACCUCAAAUCGAAUUUGUGGAGGUCGAGCGUUGAUAAAAUGUUCCCAUCUAUAGUGCCAAUGUGG